AUGCCUGGGGAUUCUCUGCACUCUCCUGGGAUGUCUCCGCAGCUGGUAGUGGCUCUUGCCUGCCUGCUUCUGACUUAUUGCACACUGAGGGGGACAAGUCUUGAGUGGGAACGCAUCCGACUGGGAGCUCUACCUCCCUCUGGGGGGCGGGGAGGGGGGGCACUUCACGGUGGUAACCACCGGAACCCUUGCAUCCUGAUCGCCAACCCUGGGUUGAAGGUGCCUCAGGGCCCCUAGGUUUGGCUCGACCCACUGCGUGACUUGGAUAUUAAAGUGUGGCCAGGGGACCAAUGCGAGGUGCAGAGUGAACAUUCAGUGGCUCCAAGGCGCGCUCUCCCCACCAGGUCACAGUACACUCACUUCCGUUCCCCCAGCCCAGCGCUAAAGCUGGUACUGCCUUUCACGCUGAAUGUGAACGUGAUCUUCUCCAAGCUCCAGCUGGUGAUACGCAACAACAAGCCUUUGAAGUUGUUUAAGGAGCGAGGCUGCAGUCAUGCCAUUGAGAGAAUGCAAGACUUUGCCUCCAGGAGUAGGUGCAGGCUCGCCUUGCUCCCUCACCCUGGCGGACCACCCCACAAGUAUGGGAACUUGGUGGACGCUGCUGGGGCCUCUCUCUCCAGGGGUCAUCUGGUGGGGUGCCACUACCAGCACACCGCCACGCUAUUCUCACCCAGCAGGGACUAUGUGCCCAUGGUAGUAGAACUACUAGGACCAGAGUCCCAAGGAACUGGGUCAGUAGAGGUGCUGGCCCAGGAGUACUUCCAGCUUCAAGUAAGAAUGCAGAAGGUAGCCAGGAGCGCAGCGCCCAGGCCCAGUUUUACGGCUCUAAUGACGGUGGAAGUUGAUCAGUCCCGACUAACAGUCCUGACGCCUGAUGAGCUGGCUGCAGAAGACCGCGAAUCAGAUCCUGAGGACGAUCUAGUCUUCACCAUUCUCAAUGGCCCUGAGGCCCAACCUGUUCACCACAGUAGGCAGGGCUAUGCGAUGAACACAGAGGACUCCCUGGGCCUUCCAGUCUCCUUCACCCAGAAGGAGCUGCAGGAACUGAAAAUUGUCCAUCGACCCCCUCCAGGGAGCUCAGAAGGGGACCGCAUCUUCCAGCUGGAACUCCAGAUGGUGGGUGAAGAUGGUAACGCCUCUGAUUCUUUUGCCUUCAUGGUGGUGAUGAAGUCUCUGAACGCUCUAGCGUCUAUGACUAGCGACAAUGGAGGACUUCUGGUUUUUCAAGGCCAAGCAAGGGCCCUGUCCAACAGCCGAAGUCUUCAGGUCACUGAUCAAAAUAAUUCAGAAGAAAUAAGAAUAACCGCAGUCAGAGGUUUGCAGCAUGGACAGCUGGUGGUGCUUGGGGCACCUGUGGGGUGUAAGUACUUCACACCAGCAGACCUAAGUGCAGGGCGAGUGGUGUACCAGCAUGGCGGCAGUGACUCUUACAGCGACAAGGUCGUCUUCAGGCUGGAGGAUGGACACCAUCAGGGGGAUUUCCUCUUCCCCAUCAUCGUUGUGUCUCUCAACGAUGAGCCACCAACAUCAUCACCAAUAGAGGAACUCUCGGUGAGAGGGCAAAUAGUCCAGAUAUCCCCCUUUGCCCUGAGUGCCACAGAUGUUGACUUUGAGGACUCAACUAUGCUCUUUGAGUUGGAAGACCAGCAUCUGGAAGGAAAACAGAAAGAGAGGAGUGGGGAUCCAACCCCUGGUUCCUACACCUUAAGCCAAGCUCAGGCUGAAGCCCCUCUGAACCUUCUGCAGAGGGACUGGCUCUGUGUGGAGGAGGAGGAACUUUAUGAGAAGGUAGUGACGGAGUGGCUGCAGAAAGACAUAAUGGAAGGGAGACCUUUCUUCUCCCAUCCUGGACCAUGCAGCCCUUGACCUAUAGUAGCCCAUCUGGCUUUCCAUGUGCAAGACGACCCUGAUGCACCAAGCCUCUCCGACCAGCACUUCUUCACCAUCACCAUUCAGUCUGCCGAGGAACUAAGUCCUCAGCUGUGGCCAGGAACUACCCAAAAAUGGCGGUGCAAGGAUACCAGCUCACUUGCUCAGUACGUUGACCAGAAUUCAGACGAGCAGAACCUGUGGUACCCCCUACUGACACCACCAACUGACACUGACAGCAGCCACCAAGUCCAGGCUGGAGAAAUCGUGCUCACUGAUUCACCAAAUACACUUAUUAUUCAUUUCACCCAGGCCCAAGUCAAUCAUCAAAAAAUUGCUUAUCAACCCCCACAGAAGAAUCUGGGCAUUAUCCCUCGGGUUGUGCAAUUCACCUACCAGGUGGGAGAUACUGCGGGCAAUGCUGCGCCAGGUACAUUCUCUGUCUAUUCCUGGAGAGCUGGCCCCACUGGUGUGGGCAAGGAAGAGCUGGUCCUGCCCCUGCUGGCCACCACAUUCCGGGACGCUGGCUCUGCCCCCUGGUGGCUGCAGCGAGGCAGUGCCGUUGGCAGUGCCGGUGCUCCAGAACUGACACAGACACAGACACAGUUUGUAUGUAUUUUGGACUGUGUCAUUGAGGUCAGCAAUUGGAACAUGAGAUCAGAAGGAAACAAACUAACAAAUCCUUUCCAUCUAACCUGGGCAUGGAUUUUUUUUUUUUUGGAAAAAGAGUACUACAUUGUAGAUGAAGACUCCAUGUUCUUCGAAGUGACCUUCACAUGACGGGGAUACCUUGGAAGCUCACCCUUCAUCAGCAUUGAAACCAAAGACGAGACUGAGAAAGAAAAUAAAGAUUUUAGAAGAGCUCCGUCCGAAACAGGUCUGGUUCGUCCUGACCAGCGGGCAGCCACGGGGGAGGCGGGACUUCUACCGGACAACAAGCGUGAGACCUCAGAAACCUUCCAGAUCCUAACAGCACCUCAGGCGGCUGCGCUGGAGUGUCCAGAAAGAGCAACCGCUGAAAUUGGGGGUCCUGGAGAUGAACCAAGAGUUUACAUUCCAGAAGCAGUAUACAAACUAGCAGAGGCUGUUGGGGAGUUUCUGGUUCCUGUAACGGAGCUCACGGUCACCUGCUCCACACGUCCAGGUCUUGGUGCUGUAGGCCGGCUGGGCUCUGUGAGCCUACACUUUGGAGAUGCAGAGUAUCACGUUGAAGAAAGUGAUGGCUACGUGGAGGUGGCCAUCUGGAGAAGAGGCAAUGACCUUUCUGUAGCAUCCUCUGUCAUCGUGUGCUCUAGGAGCACAGAGCAACAGCCAGCAGAAGCUGGAGCAGACUAUGUUGGUGUCAGCCAAGACCUGCACUUUGGCCCAGGAGUGUGCCUGCAGAGAUUGCUGGUGACAAUCCUUGAUGACCUGCAGCAGCCUGCCUUUGAGGGUUCAGAGAAGUUUGAAUUACUUCUCCAGAUGCCUUCAGGUGCUGUGCUUAGAGAACCAAAUAAAACCACCAUUAUCAUCGAGGACAGCAUCACCAACUGCCAAGCAGAGUGCUUGUAG